GUUGGCAAGGGCGAGGAUAGAAACCUACGUAAUUUGAGGUGGCAUCCCGUGCUAUAAAAUGGGGGGCUCGGCCGAGUUCUUGUUCAUCGAAUACAAAGUAAAAUCAAAAUCUCUUCUUUCUCCCGACAAUCUCUGAAGCUCCUUCAAAUCUCUUCAAGAUGCAAAUCUUCGUUAAGACCCUUACCGGCAAGACCAUCACCCUUGAGGUCGAGAGCUCCGACACAAUCGAUAAUGUAAAGUCCAAGAUCCAGGACAAGGAGGGAAUCCCCCCGGACCAGCAGAGGCUCAUCUUCGCUGGUAAGCAGCUUGAAGAUGGCCGCACCUUGGCUGACUACAAUAUCCAGAAGGAGUCCACGCUCCACCUGGUCCUCCGGUUGAGGGGUGGUAUGCAGAUUUUUGUGAAGACCCUCACUGGUAAGACAAUCACUCUCGAGGUAGAGAGCUCCGAUACAAUUGACAAUGUUAAGGCCAAGAUCCAAGACAAGGAGGGAAUCCCACCAGACCAGCAGAGGCUCAUCUUUGCUGGGAAGCAGCUCGAAGAUGGCCGCACCUUGGCCGACUAUAACAUUCAGAAGGAGUCCACCCUCCACCUUGUCCUUCGUCUGAGGGGAGGCAUGCAGAUCUUCGUUAAGACACUCACUGGCAAGACCAUCACCUUGGAGGUGGAGAGCUCGGACACCAUUGAUAAUGUGAAGGCCAAGAUUCAGGACAAGGAAGGAAUCCCCCCGGACCAGCAGAGGUUGAUUUUUGCUGGCAAGCAACUUGAGGACGGAAGGACUCUUGCUGACUAUAACAUCCAGAAGGAGUCCACCCUCCACUUGGUGCUUCGUUUAAGGGGAGGAAUGCAGAUUUUUGUGAAGACCCUGACCGGGAAGACCAUCACCCUUGAGGUGGAGAGCUCCGACACCAUAGACAAUGUCAAGGCCAAGAUCCAGGAUAAGGAAGGUAUUCCCCCAGACCAGCAGAGGCUCAUCUUCGCAGGGAAGCAGCUCGAGGAUGGGAGGACCCUCGCAGAUUAUAACAUCCAGAAGGAGUCCACCCUUCACCUGGUCCUCCGCUUGAGGGGAGGCAUGCAGAUCUUUGUCAAGACCCUGACUGGGAAGACGAUCACCCUUGAGGUCGAGAGCUCGGACACCAUUGACAAUGUUAAGGCGAAAAUUCAGGACAAGGAGGGUAUUCCCCCAGACCAGCAGAGGCUGAUCUUUGCUGGGAAGCAGCUUGAGGAUGGGAGAACCCUUGCUGACUACAACAUUCAGAAGGAGUCCACCCUUCACUUGGUGCUCCGUCUGAGGGGUGGCAUGCAGAUUUUUGUGAAGACCUUGACUGGGAAGACCAUCACCUUGGAGGUCGAGAGUUCUGAUACCAUCGAUAAUGUCAAAGCAAAGAUUCAGGACAAGGAGGGUAUUCCCCCGGAUCAGCAGAGGCUGAUCUUUGCUGGGAAGCAACUUGAAGAUGGUCGCACUCUUGCGGACUAUAACAUCCAAAAGGAGUCGACCCUUCACCUUGUCCUCCGUCUCCGUGGUGGUUUCUAGGUCUAUCUGAUGGAUUGUAAGCUGACCGAGUCCGUGUCAGGUCGUAGGUUGGUUAUGCUUGGUUUAUUUUCGGUUGUGAGUUGGAUCAAUAUGAAUGAGUUUGUAGACUCUUCAGCAUUAUGGUGAAUGAUAUUAAGCAGUCCUGAAUAAAGCUCUCUUUCCAUGUA